AGCGAAGUAAGAUGACGGUCGCCGUGAUCCUCGUGGCCAGCGUCGACACGUGCCUCGAGGGCGAGCUCCUCGACGCCGGCGCCGAGUACAGCCACCUCCACGGGUUGCCCAAGGCGCUGCUGCCCAUCACGGGGGGCAAGCGCGUGCUGGACUACUGGUGGGGCGCCAUCGAGGGCCAGCGGCAGAUCAGCGACGUCUACCUCGUGACGAACGCGAAGCAGUUCAAGCACUUCGAGCGCUGGGCGACGUCGCGCGGCAUCCCCGCGUCCAAGGUCAUCAACGACGGGUCGACGAUGCGGUGCACGUCGCUCGGCGCCGCGCGCGACCUGCUGCUCGCGCUGACGCGCGCGGGCUCCUUCGGCGACAAGGGCCUGGACCAGGACGUCAUGGUCAUCGCGGGCGAUUCCCUCUUCCACCGCGACUUCGACCUCCACUCCGUCGUCACGGAGCGCCACGUGGAAGCGGGUCAAUCUUUAGCGGUCACGUACCGCCUCGGCGCGGACGAGGAUGCGUCGACGCGGGGCAUCGCCGAGGUCGACGCGUCGACGCGCCAGGUGUUGCGCUUCGUCGAGAAGCCGUCGCCCGGCGCCACGGCGUCGCGCGACGCGUGCCCGCUCUUCUACAUUCUGAAGCCCGACCUCGUCGCUUUGCUCCCGGCGUUCGUCGAGGAGCACGACCGCGACGCGAAGCCGAGCCUCGGCGGCUUCAUGGCCUGGGCCAUCAACGACAAGGGGUCCAAGGUCUACUCCAUGCGCAUGCCCGGCGUCUUCCGGCUCAUCGGCGACGCGGGCCUCCAGGAGUAUUUGGAUUUGGUCGAGCACUUCGAGCGAAUCGACGCGCCGAGCUGGUCCACGGCGGGCGGCGGCAAGCACACGGUCAAGGCCCACGCGCGCGUCGGCCUCUUCGGGAACCCGAGCGACGGCUACCACGGGGCGACGAUCGCGCUGACCAUCGCGAACUUUUGGGCGUCGGCGACGAUCGCGCCGUCCGAGCGUCUGUGCCUCGUGCCCCACCCCCUCUUCGACCCCUGCGACUUCGGGUCCCUCGCGGACCUCCACUUCAUCUCGCGGCGCGAGGGCUACCAGGGCGGCAUGCGGCUCCUCCAGGCGGCCUGCAAGCGCUUCUUCGAGUACUGCGCCGCGCACGGCGUCGCGCUUCCGAAGCGCAACUUCACGCUGUCCUACGAGACGAACGUGCCGCGCCAGGUCGGCCUCGCGGGGUCGUCGGCCAUCGUCACGGCGGCCAUCAAGGCGAUGAUCGCCUUCUUCUCCCUCGACGAGUCGCACGUGCCCGCGCCCGUGCUGCCGAACCUCGUGCUGUCGAUCGAGGCGGAAUUGGGCAUCAACGCGGGCCUCCAGGACCGCGUCGUCCAGGCCUACGAGGGCCUCGUGGCCAUGGACUUCGACAAGGCGCACUUCGACGCCCACGGCUUCGGCGUCUACGAGCGGCUGCCGCCGCACCAGCUCCACGCGGCGCCGCCCCGCGCGCUGCCGCUACUGUGGCUCGCGUACUGCGGCGAACCGUCCGACUCGGGCGCGAUCCACAGCGACGUGAAGCAGCGGUGGCACGCGGGCGACCCCGUCGCCGUCGCCGGCAUGGAGAAGAUCGCCGACGUCGCGAAGCGGGCCAAGGUGGCCAUCGCGCUGGGCGACGCGACGGAGUGCAAGAAGCUCAUGGCCGAGAACUUCUCGCUGCGGCGCGCGCUGUUCGGCGACGCGGUCCUGGGCCGCACGAACCUGCAGCUCAUCGACAUCGCGGCGAAGCACGGCGGCGUCGCCAAGUUCCCGGGCUCGGGGGGCGCCGUCGUCGGGACCUGCGACGAGGGCCAGCUCGACGCGAUCCGCAAGGCCUACGAGGCCGAGUCCUUCGUCUUCGUCGUGCUCAAGCCCCACUUCCCCGCGGCGUCCCCGGGCGCGGCCCUCGUCGAGGCGGCGAACUAAACGUACCGGCCUG